UUGAAACUUGUCAGCAAUUUGUAACUUUGCAUUUGACAAUUUCUGGAUCCAUGGAAGUUGUUUCCUAUUUCCCGUAGCCUGAUCGCGACUCAAGGGUCAUGACGUGACACCGGCUAUUCCGUAACAGACAUGCAUGAAGUAUUCAGAAAGAAAUAUGCAAUUGAAAAGCCGGAUAGGCGGGUACGUAUAGAAUGCUGAAUAGCUUGCACAUAUACUCGUAUAUAAUGCAAACCUUUGCGGUUGUCUCUAUGCCAUAUAAAAUCCAAUCCUAAAUGCUGCUAGAGUGCACAGCCAGGCUUGGAUGGCACGGAAACAGCUACUGCUAUAAACGGUCGCGGCCAUCACAUCCAAGGUUACAACCUGGAAGCACUUCAAAUGAGUCCCUGGGGCACUAGCAGGGCGGGGCUGCUGGCGGUCCUCUCCGUCAUGCUGUGGUGGACAAAAGUCGCUGGAGCUGAGCAGCACAUCGAGCGCCACGGCGCUGACACCGCUGCUGGCGCACAAGUGGAUAGACGGGGACAUGGCGUCGGCGCGGUGGCGUCAGCGGGGGCAGCAGCAGCGCCAGCAGCCGUCGCCUAUCUGGCGACGGCAGCAGCAGUAGUAGGCCCCAAGGCAGUGGGAGCAUUCGCAUUAGCAGGAGCAGGAGCGGAGGCAGUUUUAGUAGACAACAAGGGCGCUGGGGCGCUGGCGGAGGCUGAGGCGGAGGCAGGCUCAGCACUGCUAGCACGCCGUGACCGCGGUCGUCGGCGGCUGCAGCAGCAGGCGGGUUUGGGCAGUGACAGGGCGCAGGCGUAUGCCAGUCGGGCAGUUGCUGGUGUCAGCCUUGACGGUCGUGGUGGCGGCGGUGGUGGUGGCGGUGGCGGGGCCGGAGGCCGGCGCAAGAAGCGGCGGGGCGGCAGCGGCCGCGGCGUGGGCGCAGGGGCUGCCGCCGCUGCCGCCAGUCGGACUGCGGGCAUACACGUCAGCGCCUGGGAUGCAGCCGCCAACGCAGACCGACUGGCGGUGGUGGUGCUGCUGACUGACCUGGACUACAAGUCCGCCAACCGCACCGCCAUGCUGCACGCCAGUCUGCGGCUGGCGGCCGCGCACCUGCUGCCCACCACCCCCGCCGUGUUCUACAUCUUCACGGUGGCUGACCAACUGCCGCUGCUGGCGGCGGGGCUGCGGGACAUUGUGCAGCAGCAGCAGCGGGGCUCGGAGUGGGUGCGACUGCUGGCGGUGCCGGUGGAGAGCUGGGUGCUGCCAGCGUCAGCAAACGACACCAAACUGUGGCGCGGUCACUGGAAUCAGAACUAUCGCCUGAUGGGCGACUGGCGGCUGAGCUUCAUGCCGCGAUUCGCCAGGGACAUGGGCCACCGGUAUGUGCUGCAGAUGGACGAUGACUCAUUCAUUGUGGGGCCGGUGGACCGCAACCUGGUCCAGCUGUUCGACCGGCGGCGGCUGGCGCUGGGGGUACAGAAGCUGGUGCGGGACCCGCCGCUAGUCACUUGGGGCCUGCCCGAGCUGGCCAAGUACUUCAUACUCACGCAUCAGGUCCGGCCAACCACCCUGUUCCAGCACUGUGACCCGCCCGGUCUGCGGGGGCUGUACUCGGCACUGGACGAAAAGCUGGACAUUACGCCCGAGGCCCUGGCCCUGGGGGAGAUGUUUGAGGAUGUCCCUCGCUCGGGCGGCUGGGACCGCACCAUCCUGAACGGCAACUGCGUCAUGAUCAGCCUGGACUUCUGGUUCAGCAGCCUGGUGCAGCGCUUCGUGCAGCUGUGCCGCGCCAGCGGCGGGUCCGUCAUGUACCGAUGGAACGAGCAGGCGGUGCUGGGCAUGGUGGCGCAGAUAUUCGCGAGCCAGGAGCAGCUGCUCAUGUUCACCUUCCCAUACGCGCACAGAAUCGCUCACACCGAUGCGCUCAAGAUGGGUGGCCUUGCCGACUAGGCCACCACAGCUGUUACCCUGCGGCGAGGCACUGGAUGUCCGGAACCAUCCUCGUGUGUUUUGCAGCGUCCCCAAGGCGCACGGCAUCAUGGUGGAACACGAAAAGUCAUUCUAAGAUUGAUAAGUAGUAUGUAUGGCCAAACAGAUACGAAGAACCGCUGGCAGCGAUUGUCAUUUCUGU